AUGACUAGCUCAUUCUUUAGGUCUCCAAAACAUCAACAUGUUCAUGAUGUUGGUGAUAUAUCACAAUCAAUGGAAAAUGUUUCAAUUUCAAGUAAUAUGAUGGAUAUUGAUUCAAGUUAUAGAUCUCCUAAUAAUAAAUCAUUUAAUAAUACAUUUAAUCCAAAUCAAACUCAAAUAAAUAAAGAAAAUAUAACACCAUUAAAUUCACCUACAAAAACCAUUUUACAUAAUUCACCAAUUGGUACUCCAUAUGGUAAAAAGCUUAAUUUUUCCCAAAAUCAACCCCAACCAUUAACUCCAACACCAUUAAAUUCAAAUCGAGAUAAUCAAAAAAGAGCAUUACAAGAUCAUAUAAAUCAAUUACAACCACCACCAAAUCAAAGAAUUAAAUUAACAGAAGAAGAAUUUCAUCAAAAAGCAAAUAAUCCUAAAACUAAAAGAUUAACUUCAGUUGCACAAUUAUAUUUUUUAGAUUAUUAUUGUGAUAUGUUUGAUUAUGUUAUAAAUAGAAGACAAAGAAGUUUAUUUGUUGAAAAAAAAUUAAUUAACGAUCCAACUUUACAAAAUGAUCCUCAAAAACAACAAUUAGAAUGGAAAAAUUAUAUUGGUAGAGAAAGAGUAUUAUUAAGAAAAAGAAGAUUAAAACCAAAACAUAAAGAUUUUGAAAUGAUAACACAAGUUGGUCAAGGUGGUUAUGGUCAAGUAUUUUUAGCAAGAAAAAAAGAUACAAGAGAAAUUUGUGCUUUAAAAAUUUUAAAUAAGAAUUUAUUAGUUAAAUUAGAUGAAACAAGACAUGUUUUAACAGAAAGGGAUAUUUUAACAAAUACAAGAAGUGAAUGGUUAGUUAAAUUAUUAUAUGCUUUUCAAGAUCCUGAAAAAGUAUUUUUAGCAAUGGAAUUUGUACCAGGAGGAGAUUUUAGAACUUUAUUAAAUAAUACUGGAUUUUUAAUUCCUCCACAUGCAAGAUUUUAUAUAAGUGAAAUGUUUGCAGCAGUAAAUUCAUUACAUGAAUUAGGUUUUACUCAUCGUGAUUUAAAACCUGAAAAUUUUUUAAUUGAUUCCAAGGGACAUAUAAAAUUGACCGAUUUUGGUUUAGCUGUUGGAUCAGUAUCAAAUGAUAGAAUUGAAUCAAUGAGAAUAAAAUUACAAAAAUUAGAAGAUUUAGAAAAUUAUCAAAUUCCAUCAAGAUUAAUGAUGGAAAGACAAAAAAUUUUUAAACAAAGUCAAGGUCAUCAUAAUUUAGCAAAUUCAAUAGUUGGAUCACCAGAUUAUAUGGCUUUAGAAGUAUUAGAAGGUAAAAAUUAUGAUUAUACAAUAGAUUAUUGGUCAUUAGGUUGUAUGUUAUUUGAAGCAUUAUGUGGUUAUCCACCAUUUUCAGGUUCAAAACAAGAUGAAACUUAUUAUAAUUUAAAACAUUGGAAAACUGCUUUACGUAGACCACAAACAAAAGAUGGUAGAUAUGUUUUCAGUGAUAGAACAUGGCAAUUAAUUAUAAAAUUAAUUGCAUCACCUAAUCAAAGAUUAAAAAAUUUUAAACAAGUUCAACAAAUGUCAUAUUUUAAUGAUGUUAAAAAUUGGGAAAAUUUAAGAUCCAAAACUCCACCUUUUACUCCACAAUUAGAUAAUGAAGAAGAUGCAGGAUAUUUUGAUGAUUUUGAAGAUGAAGAAAUGAUGAUGAAAUAUAAAGAUGUAUUUGCAAGACAAGAACAAAAUGAACAAUUAUUAAAUAAUAAAAAUGGUGGUUUUAAGCAAAAUAAUUUUAUUGGUUUUACUUUUAAACAUAAAUCAAAUCCAAAUAAUAAAUUUGAAAUAAAUUUGUUGAAGAUGGAUAAUUCAAGUAAAUUAGAUCCUUUAGCUACUUUAUAUUGA